AAGGGUUAAAAAAAAAAAACAAAACAGAAAGGUAAAAGGAACCACGAAAAAAUCCUGAAAGUAGCUUACUUGAUUAGUUUUUGUUUAUUUCUUGCUGUUUGUUGAACGAUGACAUCUCUUUUCGCAUCUCUUGUCGACGUAGGGUGACUGCGGGCAAUACAGAUAAAGGGUUUCACAAACUGACGAGUAACUUGCCAAGCAAAAAUUUACAGAGGUUUUGUCAGACAAUCCCUCCUCGUGACUUUUGGAGACAAUAGGGAGAAUUAUUGUUUCCUGAGGUGGUUGAAGUACAGGUGGAUUCUGUUGUGACGUCAGCGGCAUCCUUUGAAGCAGCGGCACCCGUUACUGAGGGUUGAGAGAAAGACUGUGUGUUGAGGAUUCACCUACCCGUCGCGGUGAGGAGGUAUGAGGCAGGUAGCGAGGAGCGGAGAAGAGAUAAUAAGUGACAGUGUCCUGGCAAGGAACCAGUGGCUGCAUUACCUGCAGACUCCGGGUAUUCACGGGUAAUUGGUGAAGAACGUGGGAAACCUCGCUUCAUUGUUCCACACUCUGCCUGGCUCCAUGCAGGUGGACAAGAAGCAGCUUCCAGACGCGGUUCGUUGUUGCUUUCCAGUGUUGGAUAUUCAAAACAAGACUUUGCUGAGAUAAUUACUGCUCGCCAAACUUCUGUAAUCAAGAUAAGACAUGCUGAGACAUUCCUGCUGGUCCAGGUUCGAUAUUUAAACAAGACUUUCCGCUGUUUAUUGUUAUCAGAUUAUUUUUGUUUUUGAAGACAAACCAAAAGGGGAAACAAACCAAAAAUACUAAAGACAAUUUAAGGGAGGAAAUCCUCAGUAUACCGAUUUGCAAGUCCUGGUGGCUUAUUAGUCUUCUGGCCGGGAUUAUCUCAAGCGAGGUAACUCAGCGGAGUCUUAAGAGAAGGCGCCAGAGGGCGUUCCUGACCAUCUGCUUGUCUCGACGCCAACGUUACUUUUUCGAGACGGUGGCGGUUAGUGACGUCAUCUCUUGUGGCCAGCAACGUUUUCUCACGGAUUAUUAGUUUUUAAAAAGUAAAGAUUUGUUUCUUCUGUUGGCAGAAUUUAAGCUCCGAUGCCUCGAGGUUAAACUCCAUGUAAUGAUGAGAACUUGAGAACUUGGAGAACUUUAGAAAGAGUUAGUGGACUAGUGUGGAAGGUGAAUAUUUUUUGUUUGUUUGAAAUUUGAGGUGAGUGGACGUGGGCUCUAAGUCACGUGUACAAAGCGCUGGGUUUGGACUCGCUCGCUUGUGACGGGUUGCCUGGUACCCGGCGCAAGAUUCAUUGCAGGAGGAGAACAGUCUUCAUGAGCAGCACUUCAUCUGCUCUACGGAAAUUCAUUACGUCCAAAACAGGGGCCGACAACUGCCGUGGCUUUAUGCCUGGAGACUUGAGAGUUGAGCCGGUAUAACGUGCCAUCUGUCUCUGUGAUCCUCUCUGGGAGAGAGAGAAAGAAGGAGAGAGGGGAACACAGCUAACAUGCCUAUCUUCAAAGCCAAGUCCAAGACCAGUCAAUCUCAGAGCAAGAAGAAGGAGAAAGACAUGGAAACAGAGAUCCGCGAGCUUUUCAGGUCGUUCGAUAGGAAUCAUGACAACACUAUCUGCGCGGGAGAACUGGGCAAGGUCUUGCGCUGUCUGGGCAUGAAUGUGUCGGAGGCCGAUGUACAACAGAUCAUCAAGGAGCUGGACAAAAACAGGAACGGGAAGAUUGAGUACAAGGAGUUCAAGGCCUUUAUGCAGGAGGAGAUGAGGAAGGCGGAGGACCCCGCCGAGCAAGAGAAGGCAGUCCGCAUGGCCUUCAGGGUCUUCGACCAAAAUGGCGACGGAUUCAUCGACGUCAAGGAGCUCCAGAACGCCAUGAAGAAUCUUGGCGAGCCGCUGACAGACAAGGAGCUAACUGAUAUGAUGAAAGAAGCGGAUAUGGACAAGGACGGCAAGAUCAACUACGAGGAGUUCAUUCGAGUAUGGAUCAAGUCUGGGAAGAAGAAGUAAAGCCGGCACUGUUGUUGUCCUGUGUGUUGUGUGCCUUCAGCCCUCCCGCUGCCUCCUCGUACGGCCCGAGCGCCAGGCUGGCUGGGACCGGGUACCGCGCGCCCCCUGCCGGCCUACCCGCACUGCAUCUUCCAGGUGUCACCCCGGGACUUCCAGGUGUUACAUGAGACUUGUCUUCUACGGCUCGCUCCAGCAAGCAUCAGUGACUCAGGAAUCUGGCGUCUCUUGUACCCGUACCUUUUAUUGUGCAUCGCUGUCUACCCUGGCUGCUAAACGUAAACUUGGAAACAAAAAAAUUCUUUAUGUAUCUUUUUUACCGUCGAUACCGUUUUGUGUGUGUAUAUGUGUGUGGGGCACACCUUGUGCUUAUCGUGCUGGAACGAGCAUGUUUGCUGGACCGGAACCUUUGCUCGUGACGAGGAGUCCUAUCUGUUAAAUGUGAUCAUUAACUGUGUCUGUUGUCGCUGGUUCAUGUACGGCAAUGUCUACCAACAAAUUGUCAUUGUGCCUUUUUUUGCAUGUGUUUAAAAAAAAUCUUCAAGGAAAAUAAACCCACAUAAAUGCCUGG